UAUAUUCCACUUUACGUUCAGGAGACGCUAAAACUGGACGAGACUUUCAUCGCCACGGUUCCGUUCGCUAUGUUCCUUGGCGGAUUCCUCAGCUCCGUCAGCAUGAGACACAUUAAUACACAGAUUGGAAGAAAGCGUUCUUUUGCAGCCGGCUGCAUCGUAGGUCUAGGAGGAUGUCUAUGGGUGUGGCUGGGAGAAGGAAACAGCUACGGUCAAUGGGGCAUAUUCGCCGUGGCAGCUCUUUUGGGCAUCGCUGGGUCCACUUUGCUCAUCACAUCACUGGCUUUCACAGCGGAUCUCAUAGGAGAUAUUGUGGAGGGAGCUGCGUUCGUCUACGACUUCAUGAGUCUCACGGACAAGAUCUCCAAUGGCGUCAUCGUCAUGUUGAUUCAAGACUUCAAUCCUGAUGAAGGCUGGUACUACCGCUACGUGAUAGCCUUCGCUUGCGGCUCAGCCUGCAUUAUUGGGGUCCUCGUCACUCUGACGCUGACCAGAUUCAAAAUCGGCAACAGAAGAGUUUACUCGCAAGAUGAAACGUCACCAGACCUGAGGGACGAUUCUGCUCCUCUCGUCACAGACAGAUUGUCUGGUUCCUCGUCUCCUUCUUCUUCUUAGCAGAAGGAAGACACCAGGACCAAAGUUCCCGAAGCAUCGUCGCGCCUCUACAGGGUCGGCCAUUCAAACCCGAAAUCGCCACAGGCCGAUGGAAUGAAGAAUCUUUUGAACCUCGUGCAUGAAGGAUCAGAGCAGUUCAUAGCAAAAGCAUAUCUGUAUUAUGAUUAUCUUACAAAGUCAUUCAAAAAAUACUCACCGUGAAUAAAACAAAUGGUGUGUGUGUGCGUGCGUAGGUGCGUGUGUGUCUGUAUGCGAGGAAGUACCACAGGGAACUUGCAACAGUGGGUUAAAAUACCGGAUCUUUCCUAGAUAGUGUCGCUUAGGGUUUUCGAUGGUCGUUAUCUAGGACUAAUUUUCUUGCGCGUCAUUCAUUAUCUUUAUGAUAUUUACCGUCUUUUGUUUAUACUUUUAGGGUCAUCCCCAACGGCCUUGUACUAAACAUGCCGCAACAAUGGAUGCAUAAAGGGUUAAAAGUACCAAUUUUUCUAUUUCUUUGUGGUAGAGCUGCAUAUAAGUGGUUGGACGUCUCUGUCCUUUUGUAGUAACGUUAAAGUGAUGGUAUUUAUUAAAUAAUCUAUUUUCAUCAUGAGUCAAAAGAGCAGGUAAUUUACAAAAUCGUGUUUCAUACAGACUUCCAUUUAAAGGUUUUUGACGGUUGACUGGGGUCUAAAUGUCAAUUAGAUACAAAUUCUCGUGUUCAUUUCAGUUGCUGGUCAGAUUUAUAUAGAAAUUUUAUUUCAUUCUUACUCAAGAGAAUUUGUAGUUACUGAGUUACUCCAGGUUAUA